AAUGGAGGGCACAGGUAAUUUCUGGUCUCAGUCUUAUGGUGAUUUUCGUGUAGAGCAGCGUGCGUCCCACCGUUUUGUUGUUCGCGAUGCCAGCUCAAAAGUUCGUGGAUAAACAUUCUUUAAAAAUAUUAAACAUGGAACCUACUGGGAUUCCGCCGAAUAAUUCUCACCAGCAUUUGAUGAACGAAGAUGGUGAUAGUGUUGAUACAGUGGUGCCACCGUUGUCGUCGAAUUCAACAGAUCCUAGAACUGGCGCGAAAAGAACCCCUGUUGAAAAUCGUAUUACUAAAAGACAAAUUUUAACCGUCGUAGUUUUGUGCUUCGUCAACAUGAUCAACUACAUGGACAGAUAUAUCAUUGCUGGUAUCCUGACAGACAUAGAGAAGUACUUUAACCUGUCGGAUGACAAGAGUGGACUCCUACAGACAGCGUUUGUCAUCAGCUACAUGGUGUUUGCUCCUCUGUUCGGCUACCUCGGUGACCGCUACAGUCGCAGAGCCAUCAUGGCUGCUGGAGUGUUCUUGUGGAGUCUCACAACACUUAUAGGCUCCUUCAUGGUGGAAUACCACUGGUUUUUGCUAUUCCGCACGCUUGUGGGAGUGGGAGAGGCGAGCUACUCUACCAUUGCUCCCACCAUCAUCAGUGACCUAUUCGUACAAGAUCAGCGCUCCAAGAUGCUUGCUCUCUUCUACUUCGCCAUACCUGUUGGAAGUGGGCUUGGCUACAUCGUGGGUUCUGAGACUGGUAGAAUGACUGGAGUAUGGCAGAAUGGUCUUAGAGUCACUCCUGUGUUAGGGAUGGUCGCUGUCGUACUCAUCCUCUUUGUGAUGACCAACCCUGAGCGAGGGGAGAGUGAAGGCAAGACUCACCUACACGCCACCUCCUGGUCCAGGGAUAUCAAACUGCUCCUUCGCAACCCAAGCUUCAUGCUAUCCACAGCUGGGUUCACGUGUGUGUCAUUUGUCGCUGGAGCCCUGGCCUGGUGGGGACCUCACUUCAUCUAUCUGGGUCUGAGACUGCAGCCAGGAUAUGAGGAUGUGUCGUUGUCUGAAGUUAAUCUGGUGUUUGGAGGGGUUACGAUGGUUUCUGGACUGAUUGGGGUCCCACUGGGGUCGUCCCUAUCCCGGUGGUUACGUGUGAGGUCCUUGAGAUACGAUGCACUCAUCUGCUGUGCUGGUCUGUUUACAAGUGCAAUCUUCACUGCUGGAGUGCUCUUGAAGGCUGCCAGUUGGAAUACAGUUGUUGUCUACUCGAUGGUUUUCUUUGCUGAACUCUUUAUAAAUCUCAACUGGUCGAUAGUUUCUGAUAUACUUCUGUAUGUUGUUACUCCAACUAGAAGAUCAACUGCUGAGGCUUUCCAGAUCCUAAUAUCACAUAUGUUCGGAGAUGCAGGCAGCCCCUAUUUAGUAGGAGUGCUAUCAGAGAUGCUGAAGAAGUCACUGGCAGUAGGCACCACAGUGCUGGCCUUGUCCUCAGCUGUAGGCAGUGUGGAGACAGGGGACCCCAGCCCUGAGGUACAGUUCCACAGUCUACAGUACGCACUCUUCACCACCAACUUUGUAGAGGUCCUUGGAGGACUGUUCUUCUUGUUCACUGCUCUAUACAUACAACAGGACAAGGAGAUCGCAGAACGAGAGUUAGCAGGUUGCAAAUCUUCCGAUGAAAGUUUGCUGCAGAUGGUAGAAAUACCUUUGAUCAAGAUAUCUGACCUCAGCCCCCCCUAUAAGCGGCAGAUAGAUAAGGGUAGCUAGCUGGACUGUUCCUCCGUACCUCAGGUCAGGACAACCCUGGCCUCCCCACCCACAUUUACGCAGACGACCCAGCCUUGAGUCAGAGUGUGGCGGAGCUCAUGUCGUAGUGGCGUUCCUCGCAUGUAAAUAACUGUAAAUAAAUACAACUGUACAUUUGUGUCAUUAUUGUUGAGUUGGUAUAAUUGCUAAGUACAUAUCUACAAUCGUGUUUCCCUUUUUGUACGGAGAAAAAAAUAUUAAAUAAGUGUGUGUCAUUUAAAAAGUCACUAUGCCAUUGUGUAAAAUCAAAUUUUUACGAGACGAGUGAUGAGUUUUAUUGGUUUUUUAAUCACAUGUUUGUUUUGAUACUUUAAUUUUUUGUUUGUUUUUGCAAACAAGGUUGGGAAUUACUUUUUGAAUCAAUCUGUUCCUGGUACCGAUAGUUGAUAGAAUGACUCUGGUGCUAUUACUAAAACCAUUGACUAUUGUGGGUUACUCAUAAUAAGUCAGUAUCAAUGGUAAAGCCAUUGUGUUUUGCCACCUUAAAACUAUAUAAAGUCAAUAAAACGUAAAAGUCAAAAGUAGUUAAAAUAGGUCAUUCUGUUCACAUGAUUGAACAAUUCAACGUCAUACCAUACUAUGCAUUAAAACUUCUUACAGUUCAACUCGACUUUAUAAAAUAAGCUAAAUAAUGUGUAUAUUUUCAUUUUUGUAAAUAAAGUUGUAUUAUCCUUUUUUCUAUCAGUCUAUGUGAUGUAAAAGUAUUUAAUGUGUACAGACAAGUAUGAAGUAUCAGCCUGCAAGUUCCUUAAUAUGUUUAGCUGUAUGUGUCAGAUUAUAAAUAGUUGUAACCUACUUUUGUUGGUUAACUGAUAGACUGUCAUGAGAGAUACUUAAAUGUUACAAUAUGUUUCUGUCUCAAAUAUAAAUUGUUCUCGUUUUAUACUUGAAAUAAUUGGCGGUUGAUUGUACAAGUUUUUAACGUUUACUGUCUUCUGAUUAAACUGCAUCAGCUAAUUUCUUUGUUACAAACUUAAAUAUGUAUUAGUAAAACAUUUUAUAUAGGUGUCAAACUAAAAAUCUUAAUGUGUAAUUAGGACUGACUAUUAUCAAAAUGUAUCAUUUUUAAAGACUGCUGUUAGUUUAUUUUAGAUAUUGUAUAUUAUAUUAAUUUUUGAUUAAUGUCGUAGUGGUAGCAUUAAUGUAUUCUUCUAUAAAUGUGGUCCAA